CCUUCCCGUGGGUAGAGCUUGGAGCGGCCGGGCUCCGGCCCCGCCCCUAAAUUGUGCUCUUGGGUUCCCGGUGUCCAGUCUCUGGAAAGGUGGGUCACCUGCAGGCGGGCGCUGACUUCUAAGCUGCCUCAGAACGUAGUGUCGCAGGUGGCUGCUGGGGCUGACACCCAACACUGCGAUGGAGCUGCGUGUCCCCUUGCCGCAGUCUCACCAGGCCGAGCUGGCUGGGCCGCGGAGCCGCACUCCCUACCCCUAACCACGCUGUGGCCGCGCUGUGGCCUUGGCUCAGAGGUACUGGAUCAGGUCGGUGUCUGCCAGAUGCCGAAGAGUUGGUGCAAGCUACCUGCAAGAUAGCCUAAACUUUCCCUAGGGAUCCCUCUACCAGCCCGUUAGAGCGUGUUGUGAAUUUCGCCAGAUACCAGAAUAAAAUACUCCCUCCCUUCUGGGAUAUUAUGACUUUUCUCCUUAAACGUUGACGAAAAGACUGGGAACUAUCUUGAUUUGAGUCUGGGAUAAAGACUAGCAAAUGAGAAAGCUAUGUCUUUGCGGUCCUUCUCUAACACUUCCAGAGGAGCUUCGUUCCUAACAUUUUUCUAGCCAUCAGAUUUCUCCAGAGCAAUGACCCAGAAGACGUAAUCAGUUCACGAUUAGAGUGACAUUGUUCCCAGAGCCCCCAAAAUGGCAGCUAAAAUGGAGAUAACUUUGAGAACCCACACUGAGAAUUCUGACAAGCAAGACAGACACAUAAUAAUGAAGCUGGAAGAAAAACGUGGCCCCCCUCAGCAAAAAGCCUAUCCUGAUCCCGAGCUUUCCCGCCAGAGCUUCAGACGCUUUUGCUAUCAGGAGGUGUCGGGGCCCCAGGAAGCGCUCUCCUGCCUUCAGCAGCUCUGCAAGCAGUGGCUGCAGCCUGAACUACACACUAAAGAGCAGAUUUUGGAGCUCCUAGUGAUGGAGCAGUUUCUGGUCAUCCUACCUCCAGAGAUCCAGGCACAGGUCUGGCAUCAGUAUCCAAAGAGCAGCAGGGAGAUUGUGACUCUGGUGGAAGAUCUGCACAGAGCAUCCAAAAAACCAAAGCAGUGGGUGACCGUCUGUAUGCAAGGGCAAAAGGUGCUCUUGGAGAAAACAGGAGCUCAGCUUGUAGAACAAGAACUUCGAGACUUCCAACCCCAAGCUCCUAGAAGAGAUAUUCAGGAGAACUCUCUGGAAGAGCCUUCCUGGGGAGGAUCUCAUGAGCAGCUGAGUCCCCACCAUUGGGAGAAGUCUCUCCUCCAGGAACCAGUCCUCAGAUUGACUGAGACAGAGUCCUCCAGAAUGAGAGGUGACAAGGAAAACCCGCAACAGGAGAGAGCAAGACAUGGAAGACCUAAAGGGGGUACCCUGCACAGCCCUCAGCCAGGAGGGGUGACUGCAAGUGAUGCCCGAUUGUUGCAAUGGCAGGUCAGAGCCCCACAAUCUCCCAAGUCACUUGCCCACUACCAGAGACAUUGCAGAGAGCUGGAACAUAUUAGCAGCCCCCUCCGAGGCCACCCGCUGAGAGAGUUAAAGAAAAGCAGGGGAGGCCGAAGAAGCCUGAGCAGCCUUCUGCAGCAUCUUGGUCACCAGGCAGCCCACCUAGCCAAGAAACCUUACAGCUGUGACGACUGCGAGAAAAGCUUCCUGUGGAAUUCAGAGCUAAAGCGACACAGGAGAGUGCACACCGGGGAGAGACCCUACAUCUGUGGGGAGUGUGGAAACUGCUUUGGGAGGCAGUCAACUCUGAAACUGCACCAGAGAAUCCACACUGGGGAGAAACCAUACCAAUGUGGCCACUGUGGCAAAUGCUUUCGCCAAAGCUCCAACCUCCACCAGCACCACAGGCUCCACCACGGGAACUGAAGUGCUGCUGUGUGCUGUAGAGUCUUAGGGAAAGGCUACCAACGGAGCAAGUGGCCCUUGGGAAGGGAUGGGUGAAUAAUCAACUGGUUAGGAGCUCACAAGCAGGCUGAUGGGGCCUGACUGUAAGGAUAGCUGAUCUGGGUGCAGUCUCGGCAGAGUGGGACUAGUUAUUGAGCAAUAGUCAGGAUGAGCUGCAAGUAGCUUUAAUUAAUCAGUCCUUGUCUUGUGAAAUAGUUGUUUUUUAUGUGCACACUUGAGCAUUGACAAGAAACCAUUCACCAGAGUCCUCUAACGUUUUUUGUGGUAGUGCUAGUGGUGGUGGGUUUUAGUUACUUAUUUAUUUUUAAGACCAGUUUUUCUACAUAGCCCUGGCGGUGCUAGAACUCACUCUGUCGACCAUGCUGGCCUGGAACUCAGAAAUCCACCUGCCUCUGCCUCCCAUGUGCUGGUAAAAAGGUAUGCGACCCCACACCCUGCUGUAACAAACUUAACAAAAGACAAAU